CACAGCCAAGCCGAAGCGGUUGGAGACGCUCACCCACGGCAUCCGUAACAUCCACCAACACCAAACACUGGCUCAACACCAUGUAUCCUUCCUCAGCAUGUGGAAACCUCCAGUUCGCUCCUACAAAGCCAGUCGAUGGCCUCCGUCCCCGACUGGCGCACCCAAUCGCGACUGGGUCGGUUCUGCCACGGUAAUAACGAGCUCAAGUAGCUGCCGCGUCCCCCUCCACCUCCGCCGUCCGUUCCACGAGUACUUCGUGACGCAUCUUCCUUCCACCUCGCUGCAUCCCGAUUCCAGAGCGCCCUUCGGACCGCAUCACAAGCUUCCGCGAGAUAAAAGCACGCCGCACGACCCUCAUGGCACGAAUAGAACCCCGGCCGCGGCGAUGCCCAUGGCGGGGUCGUCGCGGGAGAUGACAGUCGUACGGAUACCAUUGAAGAGCGCAAAACACCACUUUGGCGUUUCGUUGUCGCGGGGAACACGCCCAUACAACGAGGAUGCAUUCCAGGCAGGCACAAUUGAGAUUCCCGCGUUCGCGAAGCGACGCCCGAUCUCAUUGACCAGGAGGAGCGGCAGCGCACCGGCUAUUACACCCGCCGACAGUGCAAGCGGAGAUCCGCAGGUGUUCUACUUUGGAGUGUUCGAUGGGCAUGGCGGGAAUGAGUGCUCGGGGUUUCUGAGGGAACAGCUGCAUAAUUAUUUGGAGGACGCUACGAAACAAUUCGAAUUGGCGAGUAGCUUGCAGAAGAGUACCAAUGGAACGUACCCCGGUGGUUACAAUAGCUUUGGAGAAAGGGUAGGCCUCGCUGCAGGCAGCGCAGAUGAAGUGACGGGCAGAGACGUUUUAAAAUCAGUAAAAACACAUACACCUCCUGGAGUGAGGCCCCUCAAACCACCAGAGCCGGGAACAGGCCAAAAGCCCCCUCCACCAGCAUCCAAGAGUAAGGAGGAAUUGGUCGACAGCGCACCGCCGGUCAAGCAAUCAGACAGCAUCAGAAAGGCCGAGGAGCUGGAGCGUUGCCUCGUCAGGGACUGGAAAGAGUUGGUCGGAGGCUACUUUCGACGCUUCAAGCCAGAAUACUUCUCCAUGUCCGCAGGUGGACGCGGGCACCCUGCUGAGAAGGCCGUCAUUUCAAAGCGCAAUUCCCCUAACUCGUCAAUCUCGGAUGAUACCAUAGAGGGCAUCGGAAUCGAAACAGUGCUACAGUAUGCAUUUCUCAAGGCCGACUAUGACUUCGUCGCCGCGCAAGUAGGCAAACAAGACGAAGACCCCGUGUUAGCGGAUAAAGCCAUCAACGACGAUGACAUUCUGGGGCAUCCUUCACGCUCAGGAAAAAGCAUUGGCGGGCCGAACCGGUUCAAGGGCGGUAGCACCUGCAGUAUCGCUCUGAUAUCUACGCCCACACCGUCUCCAUUCUGGCACCCUGCGUCGCCUUCCACCAUCAUCACAGCACACGUCGGCGACACCCGCAUCAUCCUAUGCAAGACCGCCACUGGCCUCGCCGUGCCGCUCACCUCCAACCAUCACCCUUCGCUACCCGAAGAAGCAACACGCCUGCGCCGCUACGCCGCAACUUUCGUGACCGAUUCGUUCGGCGAAGAACGAGUCUCUGGGCUCGCCAACACACGAGCAUUCGGAGACAUGGCAUCCAAACGCAUCGGCGUAUCCGCCGAACCCGAAAUCAGACGUGUCGAGCUCGCCCCCGCAGAAUACUCCUUCAUGGUCCUCAUCUCCGACGGUGUCUCAGGACACCUGUCAGACCAAGAGAUCGUAGACAUCGUGAAGGAAGCAAAGACGCCUGAGCAGGCCGCACGAGACGUGACGAGCUUCGCGACCGAGGUAGCCAGCGACGCGGACAACGCGACGACGCUUGUUGUGAGACUGGGCGGAUGGGAGAGGAGGAGCGAAGGCGGGUUGGGGAGCAUGGGGACGAAGGAGAUGAGGGAUUGGAGGAAGGAGGAGGCGGAGAAUCCGAGGGGGAGAGGGAGGAUGUGAUGGUGAUUCAAUCCUCCUCAUGCGUGCGGCAUUGCCCACGCGGUUAUUUAUUAACUACUACUUAUUUUCUCCUUUGUUUUCAAUGUCGAGGGGACAUGAUGUCUAUACAGCGAGUUGGUACUCCUCAGCCAUCGCAUCAUCACAAGCAAGGUGUUCUGCAGCUCAUAGGGUGAACUAUUCUUUUUCGUACGGACAGUGAGUUCGUAUCAUCGUAUCAUAUCCUUCAUGUGCAAUCAUCCGAGUUAUUGCAGUCAUCGGAGAUGUUCGCUCCCUAUUGCGGACAACUUCACCCAGUACAUAUAGGUACCUAACCUACCUAGAUAUAUCGCAGCCACUCUAAGAACUGCUCUUCCAAACAAUACAAGAUUCGCACCCUA